CAACUAUAUUCGAUAAAAAAAAAUUUAAAAAGAUUCAUAGAUACUGAAUGAAAAGUGACAACGAUAUAGGAUUUGUUAUAGAGAAUAACUAUUCUUAGUAAAUCUUUUUAAUAGUAUACCGAGUGAUUGUGGACAUAACUUUGUCAAAAUGGUUAACGUUCCAAAACAACGUCGCACAUUCUGCAAAAAAUGUAAAGUCCACAAGCCCCACAAAGUAACCCAAUAUAAGAAAUCAAAAGAACGACAUGCAUCCCAAGGACGUCGUCGUUACGAUCGUAAACAACAAGGAUUUGGUGGUCAAACAAAACCUAUUUUCAGAAAGAAGGCCAAGACAACCAAGAAAAUCGUAUUGCGUAUGGAAUGUACCGAAUGUAAAUAUCGUAAACAGAUUCCAUUAAAACGUUGCAAACAUUUUGAAUUAGGUGGUGACAAAAAACGUAAAGGACAAAUGAUUCAAUUUUAAUUUAAUUUUUGUAAUAUACCGUCUAAUAAAAUUUGU